CAGGUUGUUUGUUUGGUGUCUGGCAGACGGAGCCGUCAGCUGUGGAGGGAACUGUCUCUCUUUGCGGUCCUGGUUCACAAUAAAAACCAGAAAAAAGGCAGAAAAUACUCUGCAACAGGACGGGAGAUGGACAACAGUAAACGGACGGUGGUCGUUACAGGUUUUGGGCCAUUUGGAGAGCACACCGUCAACGCCAGCUGGAUAGCAGUACAGGAACUGAAGAAGCUCGGACUGGGCAGUGAAGUGGACCUGCAUGUGUCCGAGGUUCCUGUAGAGUACCAGACAGUCCAGAGUUUGGUUCCUUCAUUAUGGAAGAAGCAUCAUCCACAGUUGGUGGUUCAUGUUGGAGUCUCAGGUAUGGCCACCACUGUCACGUUAGAGAAGUGUGGCAGAAAUCACGGCUACAAGGGCCUGGACAACAGCAGCUUCUGUCCUGAUUCACAGUGUUGCAUUGUGGGAGGCCCCGACUGUAUCAACUCAGUCAUUGACAUGGAAUCAGUCUGUAAGAGAGUGACCUCCUCAGGGCUGGGAGUAGCUGUGUCUGUCUCCAAAGAUGCUGGAAGGUAUCUGUGUGAUUUCACCUACUACACGUCUCUGCACCUGAGCCAUGGUCGCUCUGCCUUCGUUCAUGUGCCUCCUCUGGGAAAGCCUUACAGCGGGGAAGACCUGGGCCGGGCGCUGCAGGCCAUCAUCCAGGAGAUGCUGGAGCUUAUAGACCAGGCCGAAGAGAAAAUCCACUGCCAGCAGCAGCACUUCCACUAAGUGAGCUCCAGAUGCCAACCAGCCUCUCCAACCCUCACCACAAAAGAGAAAUUGCACUUAACCACAAGUAGCCGAACUUCUUCUCUUUUUAUUUUUGUCUUUACUUGGAUAGAAGGAAAACUUCAGUUUGUCUCCAGCGUUUGUCUCUCUUGGUCUUCAUGUUUUUCUAGCCCUGACUCAGUUGUGUUUUUAUGUCUCCCGAUGGUGAGAAGAUAUAAUGGGAGUCUCAAGCCUAACUGUGCCAUUUCACACUUGAUGUUGAAUUGUUUCUUGAGUCCUUUUUCUUUAUAAGAAGUUGUUAUUUUUGCCUUCUUUUACAAAGGUUAUUUAAUCAGGGAACGGGUUGGUUCCAGCUCAUAUUCCCUCAGUUUUAUUGGCCCAACUCUGACAAAACAAAAACCCUCAGUGUUAUUUUACAGAUCUCGAGUUCAGUAAUUUAGUGGUAGGUUUUAUAGAAUGAUAUCAGGGCUGCACAAUUAGAAAAUAUAAAGCAUUGCAAUUAUUACCACAGACAUUGGACAGAUUAAAUGAAACACUCUUCUCAUGGGAGCUGUGUUUUGAAAGUUGUGUUUAUUUAAUAUAAUGAUUAAUAUCUUUUUAUCUUCUUACAUCUUUGGAUUAAACUUGCAAAAGCUCAUGCUGUUCUUAUUUGUGCAGCACUCAUUGGAUUCCUUGAUCAAAAGCUUUCUGUUGCUCCCUUCAUUGAAUCAGAUAUAGCUGCUUAUUUUACCUGAGGAUUUGAUUUGAUGAAGUUGGACUCUCAGUUCAGAGUUGGGCCUGUCAUUUUUAUUUCUGUAGCACUUCCUUCAUCUUGUUUUUACAUUUUUACUUAGUCCGGAAUAUGGACAGAACUUGUAGCCAUGUGAAUCCUAGCAUUUACCAUUUUUAUUUUCAGUCAACAUAACUUUCAGACAAGACAGAUCCAUAUGUUCUAAUUAUUAUUAUGAUGCAUGUGAGGUAUGCUUUGUUGGUGUGUUUCGCUUUAUAUUCCUGAGCUUUGGUUUGUUUUGACCUGUUUAACAAAAUGCAGCAGAUUCCUUCACUGUUUGUGAUGGUGCCUCUUCCAGUUAUAUGUUCUGUUUUAUGUCUUUUUAAAGGUUUUUCUGUUCCACUGUGUAUACCAGCUGAGUCGUCAAAAAGCCUAUGUGAACAAACCGUUUCAGCUUGAUCAGAUUUACUAUAGACUUAAUUAUUAUUAAAUGGCCUUCACUUUACUUCAGCACCCUGUGUAUCCACAGAAAAUCGAUGUGUCUGUUGUAGACUCCAUAACUAGUCUUGGGAAACAAACUACUUAGAGCUGCAGCAGUCCAUUGGCCUUUCAUGAGAUUUAAAUCAAAUGUUUUUUCAUCAAGUUGAUCCCACUACAUUUGAGUAAAUUGACAUUAUUUUUCAGCUGUGUGUAUCAUUUGAAAUGCCAGCAACAUGGUUUGUGCCACAAGCUAGCAUCCUGGAGCACUGAGCUGAACAGAACUGAAGUUCUUCUCAAAGCUUAAUUUUAACUUUUUCGUUAAACUAACAACUAAAACAACUGCUUCUUUCAACAACUCUUAUGGACUUGUUAAAAGAGGUGAGACGGUGAGUUUGUUGUUCUGAGUUGUAGGUGCUGAU